AUGGCAAAAGAAAAGAGCAAUAAGUUCAAACAACAGAAGAUGAAGGCUUGGGAGCCUAUCCUUACACUGACUCCAGCUAUUAUAACAUUCAUCGUCAUCGGCAUUGUGCUCAUCCCUAUUGGAGUGGUGAUGCUGAAAGCAUCCAAUGACGUUGUCGAAUCGAUUGUUCGCUACGAUGAACGCUGCCCCGUCGGAGGUCCAUUAUGCAACAUCACGAUGAACAUACCAAAGAAGAUGGAGUCACCCGUGUACAUGUACUACGGCAUCGAGAAGUUCUAUCAGAACCAUCGUCGCUUUGUCAAGUCUAGAAACGAUGACCAGCUGCGUGGCAUGAUGGUCACCGACAUGAAGAAGCUAAAGGAGGACUGCGAACCUUUCACAUCAUUGAACGGCACACUCGAUACUGUCUACCUACCGUGCGGACUGGUCGCUCGCAGUAUGUUCAACGACACGUUCUCUCUGUUUGACAAGGAUGGCGCUACCGUCGUUCUGCAAAAGAAGGGCAUUGCAUGGGGAUCAGACAUUGACAAGAAGUUCAAGAAUCCACCCGCUGACGCCAAGGGCAUCAGAAUCAUCCCCGACUACACCGACGAGGACUUUAUCGUGUGGAUGAGAACGGCCGCUCUACCAGACGUCAGAAAGCUGUACAGAAUCAUCAAUCAAGACCUCCCAGAGGGCAGUGUCACCGUCUCUAUCAAUGCAAACUACCCUGUGGACUCUUUCGACGGCGAGAAAUACAUUGUACUCACAACGGCCACAUGGACUGGAGGCAAGAAUGCCUUCCUCAGCUAUGUCUACAUCGUUGUUGGUGCAGUCAGUCUCUUUAUUGGCAUUGGUUUCUUGGUCAAGCAUAAGGUUGCACCAAGGAAGCUUGGUGAUACAAGAUACUUGGAGUGGAACAACAAGGAUAAAUAG